GCCAGAAACCGGCAAGCAAGCCUCCAGCCCUGAUAGGCUUUGGUGUGAGUUCAAAGACCUCUGCUGGCUCGUAUUUCCCCGCCAGCCUGGGUGUGUCCUCUCGACGACGAGUUGUGGCUGUCGUUCGCUGGCUGUCCGUCGGCUGGAGGCAAUAUCAACAACCCCCGCCAUGGAAGGUGGAUAAUAAUUUCGCCGCGGGUUGCACGCUGGGUGGACCAGAGGAAUCCUAAAAUAAAUAAACGCUAGAGUCUAAGCUCCUCAGCCUUGGGUGACGCAUCCUGCAACAGUACCGCCACCCUCAACAGCCUACCAAACGCGCUCGGUCAACGGGUCAUCCGAAGCGCCUCUUCAUGUCGUCAUGCUGGAGGAGCUCACCAGCCUGUUGGCGUGUUGCUGUGGGUGCUAGGCAUGGGUUGCCGGCGUCCCACCACAAUGAGGGGACAAACAUCCCAAUCCAAUCCCUCCAACAAACAAUAACCAUCCUGCAGUCAAGCCACCCCACAUGUGGUUUGUACUGACUCUUGUGUGCAAAACUCGCCCAAGAUACUAGUAGCGAGAACAAGAUAUCCGGUUGAUCGCCAACACAACCAACACAACCAUCCUACUUGUUAUAUAACAACACCAUCUCUGGUGCGGUGUCUUGCUUCUUAGCAGAAUUUGCACAAGGGCCUGGGGUUGUGGUUUCCGACG